ACUAGCACCAAGCACAGCCGCGCCGCCGCUAUCAAUCAAGCUCAUUUCUACGCGUUGAGUACAUAUUGGAUUUUCCCUCCUUUUCGGUUUACCAAUUGUUACUGUUAUCAUAAGUUAUUGUUUAUAAACCGAAGUUCAUCAUGCGCAAAAUAUCUAAAAGUCGCACAGAUGACGAUGUAGUGUCUUCCACGAAUGGAUCUGUUGUAAACGAAGAACAUUCCACCGACGCGGAACGCCAAGCUGACCCAGAUGAAAAAGAGCCGGAAUCGGAAUCAACCGAUAAUGUCGAAAUAAAUGAGAAUGUUUCUACAAGUACCAUCAAAGAAUCUUCCAAGAAGGGUAAAGCAAAGAACAAGACUAAGAAAAAAAAGUCCGAGAAAAAGGUGACAGAAGAGGAAUAUGAGGUCGAAAAAAUUGUGGAUUCCAAAAGAAUUAAAGGUAAACUGCUUUACCUCAUACGUUGGAAGGGAUAUUCAGCUGACAACGAUACUUGGGAACCAGAAAAUACCUUAUCCUGCCCUGAGCUAAUCAACAAGUAUAAUGAUGAGAAAGAGAAUUCCAAAACUAAAGAAAGUAAGGCUGAAAAAAAGAAUAACAAAAGGAAAGCUAAAAAAGCUCAGAAGACACCUGCUAAGCGUACCAAAUAUGACUGGGAUGACAGCAAUGCUGAUGAAAAUGCAGAGUAUGAGGUAGAUCGUAUAUUAGAAGUUCGUCACAAGAAAAAUGGACAACGAGAAUUUUUUAUACACUGGAAAGGAUGGUCUAGCAAAUUCGAUUCUUGGGAGCCAGAAGACAACUUAAAUUGCCCCGAGUUGAUAAAAAAGUUUAUGGAAAAGGUCUCCAAAGCUCGGUCUGUUGAUUCUCGGAACUUGAGAGUGGCUCCAGAAACUACAAACCGCUUUACAUUACAAGACCCUUCGUCUGGUCGCAGGUUGAGCAAAAGGCAGGGACAGCGUCAAAGGGUACGUUACGACAAUGCUGAAUAACUAUUACCCUUCCUGUGUUUGGAAUGGUACAGUAUGUACCAAAUUGAUCAUUUAUAUAUAGGUUAUAAGGUUUUGCAGUGUUAUUUCAUACAAAUAGCAGAUAUAUUUUGUUUUAUGAAGAUAUUUUAAUUUUACUAUUUGCCUGCUCUUUUAUGUGCAAUUUUGCUGCAUAGUGUCCAAAAUUUGAGAUCCAGCAAAGUACACGCAAUUGACAAUAUUAUUAAAUGUAUAAAAUGUGCAGCUGGCCAAGAUGUUAUUGAAAAUGACCGACUUACAUAAUGGUAACAAUAAAAGAGGCAGUUUGGAUGACACUUUUCUGUAUGCAUACUAUGUAUCUGGAUGCAACUAAGAACAAGCAGAUAAAAAAGUUAUCGAAUUUAUGAUUUGUCAAAGAUUACAAAAGGCAGAAAAGCUGGCAAAGUCAGAUGAAAAUGCAGGUAUAGUUCAGUGUAUUAAAAGUCGAUACAGCAUGAGUUAUAUGUAAAAUAAAUAGUUAAUUAAAGCUAAUGAUUAUUAACGAUCAUUUGAA